AUGUCGCUCAGAGCCUUUUCAAAACUGCGCAUUCUGCCACUCUCCGCACUAAGGUUGGCCCAGGGAAGUGUUUCAUUCCUUCACUCCUCAACUCUGCCCGUUCAGUUCUCUAAGACUGUUCGGCCCACAUUCGCGGCUCUACCGACGCGCAUUUCCGUUCGUUCCUCCUCAGAGGCGUCAAGUCCUCCAGAACUGGACAAGGCGCUCCGCAACCGCCUUACGGAACUGACGACUCGCACACGCGUGGUGGUCCUCAUGAAGGGCGAUCCGAUGGAACCACGCUGUGGUUUCUCCAACGCUGUUUGCCGCAUCCUCGAGGCGCACGGAGUUUUGGGCAAGCAUGACCCCGCCACCGAUGCACCUCUUCUCUCAUCCUUCGACGUGCUCUCCGACUCCGAGGUCCGCGAGGCCGCCAAACUCUUCUCUGAUUGGCCCACCUUCCCCCAGGUCUUUUUUGACGGUGAAUUCAUUGGGGGAUGUGAUAUCCUCCUCGACAUGCACCGGUCUGGCAAACUGGCUGCCGAGUUGGAGCGACGCGGAAUUGGAUCGCUGCUUACUGAGAGGGAGAAGGGGAAGAAAAAUUAA